AGGUUCAAAUCUCACCAUUCAUUGGCUUCGACAAAGGUUCAAAUCUCAACAUUUCCAUUAUCAUUAAACCUACACGCCAAAUUCAAAUCUCUGUUCACCCGAGAGAAAGAGACAGACUACUUCGCAGCAUCGGCUUGACUUUCAUUUAAACUGUGGCAAAAUUGGCUCAAAAAAUUAUUUUGUACUGACGGCGGCGGGCCCUUCACCAAUCUCGCUGUACUACUAGGCAGCAAGCACCUACUUAAAUUUUUCGCUUCCGUCAAGUGAAAACUUAACGGCCGCCGUCAGCUCCGUUGGAUUGAGGCAGGUCGUUGAAAGUGAAUUCAGAAUUUGUUCCCUUGUCCGUGGAAUGUGUAACUGUGAACGCACCCAUUUUCCUGCACUUUCAAAUAUAGAAUUUGAUCAGGCGAGGUGAUCAGGGGUUGUAAUAAAUGGCUUCUACGGCAGGGCUGGUGCCAAUAACGAGGGAUUUUCUUGCUAAAUUCUAUGAUAAAUAUGUCUUUAGCGAUUUGCCUGAAGAUGUCGCCCGUUUAUCUACCCAGCUUCGUCAAUGCUGCAAUUCCCUUUUGUCUCAGUCGCCAAAGAAGCCAGGUGAGGAGUUAAUGGUAUCUGAAAUGGAAUGUAAUCCACCUCAUAAAAUUGAUGAAAACCUAUGGAAGAAUCGGGAAUAUAUUGAGGAAAUAUUGUUUUUACUUGACAAAGCACAUUGGCCAAAAAAGCUGCAGGCACCAGAAGAUCCGGCAGAUAUGGCUAUUGUUACAGCUAUUCAAAGACUUGACACUGAAGUGAAAAACCUUUUGAAGAGUUUACAGUCGUUCCAAUCAGAAAACAACGAGAGGAUAUUUAAAAUGAUUGUCACAUAUAUGCCACAGGAUUUUCGAGGUACACUUCUUAAGCAACAGCGUGAGCGUUCAGAAAGAAAGCAACAAGCAGAAGUUGAGGCUGUUAUUAGUUCGGGAGGAAGCAUCCGUGACAAAUAUGGUCUCUUGUGGAAGCAGCAGAUGGAUAGGCGAAGACAACUUGCUCAACUUGGCUCUGCAACGGGGGUUUACAAAACCAUUGUAAAGUAUCUUGUUGGAGUACCGGAGGUUCUUUUGGACUUUGUGCGAAAGGUAAAUGACCACAAUGGGCCAAUGGAAGAGCAACGGCUGCGAUAUGGACCUCCACUUUACCAACUCACCAGUAUGGCUUUUGGUAUACAAUUCUUUUUGAAGCUGUGGUGGAGAUAUUUUGAUGAAUGUGAAUUGCCAAAGGAUGAUCUUCUUUCUCUUCUGGAGCAGUCCAUAAAGGUGUACAGUUCUGAAUUUAAACGGUUUCUCACAUUUAUUGGGAAUGUCUUUGAGAAUUCUCCAUUUUUAAUAUCAGCAGAGGAGGCUGGAGCUAUAGAACCAAAUCGGUAUGAUGAUUUCAAGGAAACAACAAUUCCUGCAGGAAAGGCACAUGAGGUCCUCCUUGCACUUGAUACUGUGAACUCCUAUAUUGCCUGGGAUUUCAAAUUGACAUCUGGGAAGGAUGUAGGGUUUUGCGUGGAGCUCAUAGGCCAGUCAGGGCAAAGCACUGCAAUGUUUCCUUAUAAACGAUGUGAAUCAGAUCAGGGAAAUUUUUGCACCCCGAAAGCUGGCACCUAUAGGCUUGUUUGGGAUAAUUCUUAUUCGACCUUCUAUAAGAAGGUCUUGAAAUAUAAAGUAGAUGCCUUCCCACCUGUCAUUGAGACAACACAAUUAGAUGUACCAAAUGAAGGAAAUGAAUGAAGAUGAUUGCAGAUUACAGUGAUUGCAAACUUUGAGAUGCAACUAGAACUGCGAUCAAGCAAUUAAAAAAGGAUAUUGAAGGCUAGCUGUACUGCAAAUGUUUGAACUCAACUACAUAAUUUGUUCUAUGAUUUAGAUGCAGCAAAAAAAUGUCUGAUUUCUGGUUGAAAUGGUUCAUGGUGAAAUAUCAAGUUCGUCUACGUGAUCACUGAAAUACUUGAAUCAAUCUUGUAGUUUGGAAAAGACUGAUUAAUGUAUUUUAGGUACUAUAUUGUUCAAACCAUUGAUUGUUUCUUGCAUUUCUAAUGCCCUGCUUCAUUUAAUUGUGGGCAUAACUAAAAUGCAACACGAAGUAGAUAGACAAUUCUAAUAAUAUUUUAUUUUUAUUGUCCUCUGGACUUUGUCCAUUAAAAACUUACGAGUAAAAUAUGAUGGGUGACUUGUCAA